AUGUGGAGAGUUCAAGACAGAGGAUGCUUCGGGAUUUUGUCGAUCCCCGUGAUGAUGGCCAUGGUUUGUUAUGCACAGAGAGUUAAUGAGUCCAGCAACAUGUCAUAUGUGAAAGACACCGUGGAUAACUUGCUGAAAGGAUAUGACAUUCGUUUAAGACCAGAUUUCGGAGGUCUCCCUGUGGACGUUGGUAUGAACAUAGAUAUUGCCAGCAUAGACAUGGUCUCUGAAGUAAAUAUGGAUUACACUCUGACAAUGUACUUUCAGCAGUCCUGGAGAGACAAAAGACUAUCUUACUCUGGAAUACCUCUGAACCUCACUCUAGACAACAGGGUAGCUGACCAGCUCUGGGUUCCUGAUACCUACUUUAUUAAUGACAAGAAGUCAUUUGUACAUGGAGUUACAGUGAAAAAUCGAAUGAUUCGCCUGCACCCGGAUGGCACAGUCCUCUAUAGCUUGAGAAUCACAACCACAGCAGCAUGUAUGAUGGACCUGAGGAGGUAUCCCUUGGAUGAACAGAACUGCACACUCGAAAUAGAAAGCUAUGGGUACACAACAGAUGACAUUGAAUUUCAGUGGACAGGUGGUAACUAUGCAGUCACAGGAGUAGAAAAGAUUGAACUGCCACAGUUUUCCAUUGUCGAGUACAAGAUGGUUUCAAAGAGAGCAGUUUUUGCUACAGGUUCUUAUCCAAGAUUAUCACUGAGUUUUCGACUGAAAAGAAAUAUUGGCUAUUUCAUCUUGCAAACAUACAUGCCCUCAACUUUAAUUACAAUUUUGUCAUGGGUGUCCUUCUGGAUCAAUUAUGAUGCUUCUGCUGCAAGAGUUGCGCUAGGAAUCACAACUGUACUUACCAUGACAACUAUCAGCACUCACCUCAGGGAAACCCUUCCCAAGAUCCCCUAUGUUAAGGCCAUUGACAUUUACUUGAUGGGUUGUUUUGUCUUUGUAUUCCUGGCUUUAUUGGAGUAUGCCUUUGUCAACUAUAUCUUCUUUGGAAGAGGGCCGCAGCUUCAGAAGAAAGCAACUGAGAAAGCCACACAGCCCCAUGUGAAGAGCAGAUUGGGAGCCAACAAAGCUCAGGUGGAUGCCCAUGGAAAUAUUCUCCUAACGACCCUUGAAAUUAGGAAUGAAGUGACAGCUUCUGAGGUGUUGACGAAUAUCAAUGAUCCAAGAACGACCAUGUUUUCUUGUGACAGUGCCAACAUCCAGUACAGAAGGCCAGCUACAAGCAGGGACAGCUAUGGUAGAAGCACAAUAGAAAGGCACAUGGUUCAGAAGAAGGGACGGUUACGGCGACGAACGUCACAACUGAAAAUUAAAAUCCCAGAUCUGGCUGAUGUGAAUGCCAUAGACAGGUGGUCACGGGUGGUCUUUCCUGUUACAUUUGGAUUUUUUAACUUGGUUUACUGGCUCUACUAUGUGCACUAG